GCCAAGGCGGAAGCAAAGGGUCCUAAAGAAUUGAAACAUUACAUGACCAAGCUGGCCAAGGACAUAAAGAAAGCCUUGUCGCAGAAGAAGUGAACAAUGAAGAUCCAGCCAAUCAGUUUAUCACCAUGUUGUUGAUUUUAUAUGUAACCAAGACACAGCAUUUAAAUACUUAAUUAACAGUGCUUCAGUGCUUAGGGUCCGGAUCCGUUUGAUCAGCAACAUUUUGCAUUUCUGGUUCCUGAUCAGCAACAUUUUGUAUUUCUGGUUCCGGAUCAGCAACAUUUUGCAUUUCUGGUUCCGGAUCAGCAACAUUUUGUAUUUCUGGUUCCUGAUCAGCAACAUUUUGUACUUCUGGUUCCUGAUCAGCAACAUUUUGUAUUUCUGGUUCCAAAUCAGCAUCAUUUUGCAUUUCUGGUUCCUGAUCAGCAACAUUUUGUAUUACUGGUUCCUGAUCAGCAACAUUUUGUAUUUCUGGUUCCUGAUCAGCAACAUUUUGUAUUUCUGGUUCCGGAUCAGCAACAUUUUGUAUUUCUGGUUCCGGAUCAGCAAAACUAUGCGGGCUGGAUCCAUUGGGCAAAAUGUUGACUAUAAGUCAAAUCAUACUAAAAAUGUUUUCGUUCUCAAAACACAAAUCUCAUAUGUUAACUUAACUGUUAACUGUUACAAAAUUCCGUAAAUCUCGAAGAAAUGUUGAUAACCUUAAUCGGAUCCAUUUUUUUUUUCAGGGUGGAUCCAGAAUCCGGAUCCGGUUUCGCAUUAAAAUGAAUUUGAUCCUAAGCACUUCUUUUAUAAAAGGGAGUAAUUUUUAGUGACAAUUUUUUUAUUGAAAGCCAGCAACAAUUUAACAUUUACCCUUCAAAUCGAAUAAAAGUGAAAGAUAAUGCCAUCUUGUAUUUUGUAUAAAAAGCCGCAAGUUAAAGCUGCUCUCGGAUUUCUUGUAAAUUUUCAAAUAGAAAAAUAAAUAUUGCUCCCAUCAUUGACGCUUUGAAGAGGGUUGUUAAAAAUUCAUUUUAAAAAUCCCUUUUAGUCUCCAGUUUUAUUUUACCCGACAACUUUUACAUAUUCAUUAUUUUUAACUGUCAAUUUUAAGUUGUAUUUUGAUUUUUAAGAAAAAAUUAAAUUAUUAAAUAAUAUUUUUGUGAAAACUAGUUUACGCCUGUAAUCUGUACAAAAAAAUAUUCUGAGAUUGUAAUUUAAUUGAUAAAUUAAAAUUCUUUUAGCGCAUUUUUACGCAGCCUCGAAGGCUUAUAAGAAUAAAUAGUAAUGUAAGAAUUAAAUCAAAUAUUUUUUUCAAAUUUCGGAAAUGAACAAAUUUUUUAUGAGAAUUUUAUGUAUAAUUCGCAUUUAAUUUUUAUAAAACUUUUGAAUGGAAAAUGAAUUCUCAAAAAUUGACUUUGGUAAAUUCGGUAAAUUGUAACAAUAUAUAAAUAUACAGGGUUAGACGUGGAUGCUUUAUAAACCUAUCAAAUAUAAAAUAAUCUCAAAAAUCGUAGUUUUUCGUAAAUAAACUUCUAGAUAAUAUCUUCCCUAAACAUUUUUUAAUUUUCAGAUAAAAUGGGACAAACACAGAGUCGGGUGGAUAGAGUCGAUACAGACUCGGAAAGAGAUCUUGUCGCCGAUGGCUCGACGAACGGCCGAAUCUCCUUUUUCGGCAGCUGUUGGAAUCGUCUGUUUGGCCGAUGUUCAAGAAAACGGAAGAGAAGUGAGAAUGAAGAUUCGGUUUCGAGAAAUUAUAAAAUCAUAAGAUUAGAUGCUAGCACGGAGAUUGAAGAUCACCUCAUGACGUCAUCGUCAACACAGACCGAACCGUCGCCGCUAGACGACCAGGAGGUACGCCGACUGACUGACCCUUCGCUGUCAGACAGUCGGCAGACAGUCACUUCACAGAUAGAAAAUUACUCACAGACAGAUAGUCUAACAGCGGAGAUGGAUGACAUCUGUCAACAGCUGGAUAUUGGGUCAGCACAGAUAAAAGGAGAAGAUGGAAAAAUUGGGAAGAAAGGAGGAAAGAAGGGGAAGAAAGAGAGAAGAAAGAAGAAAUGGGAAGAAGAAGAAGAAGAAGAUGAGAUGAUUGUUGAGAAGAUUAAAGAAAGAGAAGAAAAAAUAGAAUUGGAUUGGAUGGAUUUUCCUUUCUUAACAGAUGCUAGGAGCAUUCAGCAUUGUCAGGUUUCCCAUAUAAUGUAGUUUCUACGUGGUUU